UGAUGUUUGGGAUAUAAAAAACAGAUUUAGCGGCAUGGUGAAGAAAGGAAAGAAAGGGGUUGAAUUGAAUUGUAGAGAGUAGAGAGUAGAGAGUAGAGAGAAAGCGAGGCGGAAGAGGGUUUGGUUUGGGUAUUGAAAUUUGGAUCUGGUAGUGUACAAGUAGCGAAAAAGAGAGAGAGAGGUUUAUACAUUUAUAAUGGGAUCGCAUCGCAUGGGUAUGAAAGAGGAGGAGAGUGGCAUAGAAGAAGGUGGUGCCUCGCUGCCAUCAGCAGGCUUAGAUGGGAAGAAGCGAAGAGUGACAUACUUCUACGAGCCAAGCAUCGGCGAUUACUACUACGGCCAGGGGCACCCAAUGAAGCCCCACCGCAUCCGCAUGGCGCACAACCUCAUCGUCCACUACUCCCUCCACCGCCGCAUGGAGAUUAACCGCCCCUUCCCCGCCUCCCCCGCCGACAUUCGCGGCUUCCACUCCGACGACUACGUCCGCUUCCUCUCCUCCGUCUCCCCCGAGACCCUCUCCGACUCCCGCCACCUCAAGCGCUUCAACGUCGGCGAGGACUGCCCUGUCUUCGACGGCCUCUUCGACUUCUGCCAGGCCUCCGCCGGCGGAUCCAUCGGCGCCGCCGUCAAACUCAACCGCCAAGACGCCGACAUCGCCAUCAAUUGGGCUGGCGGUCUUCACCACGCCAAGAAGUCUGAGGCCUCUGGCUUCUGUUACGUCAACGACAUUGUCCUCGGCAUCCUCGAACUUCUCAAACUUCACCGUCGUGUGUUGUAUGUUGACAUUGAUGUUCACCAUGGUGAUGGUGUUGAGGAGGCCUUUUACACCACUGAUAGAGUGAUGACAGUGUCUUUCCAUAAGUUUGGGGACUUUUUCCCUGGCACGGGACACAUCAAAGACAUUGGGCUGGGCUCAGGAAAGAAUUAUGCUGUCAAUGUCCCUUUAAAUGAUGGGUUGGAUGAUGAGAGUUUCAGGGGUCUGUUUCGAGCCAUCAUUCAAAAAGUCAUGGAGGUUUAUCAACCUGAAGCAGUUGUUCUUCAAUGUGGAGCAGAUUCAUUGUCUGGGGACAGGUUGGGUUGCUUCAACUUGUCUGUGAAAGGUCAUGCAGAUUGCCUUCGUUUCCUUAGAUCUUUCAAUGUUCCUUUAAUGGUCUUGGGUGGGGGUGGAUAUACAAUUCGGAAUGUUGCCCGUUGUUGGUGUUACGAGACAGCAGUGGCAGUAGGAGUGGAGCCUGAUAAUAAGUUGCCUUAUAAUGAAUAUUAUGAAUAUUUUGGUCCAGAUUAUACUCUCUACGUCGAUCCAAGCAACAUGGAGAACCUAAAUACACCCAAGGAUAUGGAAAAAAUAAGGAACACAUUACUAGAACAGAUUUCCCGACUUCCCCAUGCUCCCAGUGUACCUUUUCAGACAACACCACCUACCUUAGAAGUUCCAGAAGAGGCGGAAGAGGACAUGGAUAGAAGACCUAAACUUCGUAAAUGGGAUGGUGAAGAUUAUGAUUCAGAUCCCGAUGAAGAUUUAAAGGCCAUUUCCGGGUGCUCAAACAUCACUGCCCAUUCGAGGGACAUUGCAGAUGACAUGGAAGAAGAGAAGAAGCCAGAAGUGCAUCCAUCAUCAUCAUCUUGUUGUUGAUAGAAUAGAGCAGGUUCUUGCAUAGCACGUGUGUAUUGUAAUCUUUAGCGUAGACUAUUCCGUUUAUGGGGGAGAUCAUUACUAAAUAACACACAAACAACUCUUGAGAACGCAAAUAUAAUGAACACAUUGUGUAAAUGAAAUAUAGUGUAAAACAUUGGUUUGGUAUCCCCCGUAGGCACUAUUUUUGUUCAUUCAAGUUAUUUUCUUUUGGUCCCUGACCUAUACUUUGUUCUGUUUUAGUUUCUCAUAGUUAGUUUAGUUUCAUCAUUCUCAUUUUUGCACACGGGGUCAUCACUUUAAUUUUGGUUCUUGUAUCUUUCUUUUACCUGUAUGAUGUGGAUACGGAAGAAAGUGAGAAAGGUGCAGAAUGUUGUUUUAUUGUAACUUUAA